AUGCAGACUGCUUCUUCAAACAUUUGUGAAAGACUGUGCAAUAAGUCCAAUCGUGACAUUUCCUUGCUACUAAAUAUUCCACGGUCAGCUGUUAGUGGUAUUAUAACAAAGUGGAAGCAACUGGGAACAACAGCAACUCAGCCACAAAGUGGUAGGCCACGUAAAAAUGACAGAGUGGGGUCAGUGCAUGCUGAAGCACAUAGUGUGCAGAAUUUGCCAACUGUCUGCAGAGUCAACAGUUAAAGACCUCCAAACUUUGUGUGGAAAUCAGAUUAGCACAACAGUGCGAACGGGAAUGGGUUUCCAUGGCCGAGCAGCUGCAUCCAAG